UUGAUGUAAAUAAUUUAGAUUUGGAGAUUUUUGCAGGAAUGUGUGUUCUAUUAAUGAAAAACAUUCCAGUCAAUUCCAGUAUAGUGUAAACAAGGAAAACAAUUGAUUUGAGUCAACAGUAAUUACUUAGUUAAUUAAAUAGUUCAUGUAUUUUUAUCAGUUCAUCAUAAAAAGACAACUGAAAUGCAAAGUGACUGUAAAUUUGUUGUUUUUUAGUGACUGUACGGAAUUAUAUUAAAAAAUACUUAGGUUCUAAUAAUUUAAAAUUUAAAAAUAUUACUACGAAUUUAAAACCAAACGUCAAAAAGUUAAAUAACUUUUUCAAAAUUUUGAAAUUAAAUUCAGACAGAAUUUUAUGUGUAUAAAAAAAUAGUUGAAUUUUUUAUUUAAAUACGUAUUCUACUCGCAAAUAUGUCAAACCUUUAUGAUCAAAUUAAACUUAUUUACGACCAGCAAUUAUACUCCAAUGUAAUUUCACUUGCGAAUUUAGUCCUAUCACUGAGUGAUCAUAAUGGUGAUCUCUUACCUCCAACCGCAAAAUUUCUUAUUUAUGUGCAUUGUGCUGAUUCGCAUUUCCACCUUGGAGAGUAUCGUAAAGCAGAAUCAUUGUACAAAAAGUCUUUACAAUUUCGUAAGUUCUUAUUGAAGUCAAAGAGCACAUCAAAGUCAAAUAAUCAAGAGAGCUAUAAAGAUCUUCUGUCAGACAUAGACAUCAAAUAUCAAAUCCACGUUUGCUUAAUGAAAACUAAAAAUCAACUGGAAGCCCUUCAAAUUUUGCAAAGUAUACCAGGAAAACAACGAACUGCUAAAGUAAAUAUGGCAUUGGCUAAAAUAUUUCAUGACCAAGGAAUGGAAAGAUCUGCCAUUACGACCUACAAAGAAGUUUUGAGAGAGUGCCCUUUAGCUUUAGAAGCAGCAGAAGGUCUUCUUUCACUGGGAGUUAAAGGGAUUGAAGUGAAUUCUCUGAUCGUCGGAUCUACGGCUAUUUCGCCUAAUCUAGAUUGGCUGAACACGUGGAUAAAAGCGCAUGCCCACAUGCAUAAUCGGGAGUACAGUCAUGCAAUUUCAGCUUUUAAAAUAUUAGACAAUGUCAAUUAUCUUCGUGACAAUUUCAAUUUAUUAGUAACUAUGGGAGAGUGUUAUUACUGCGCAGGAGACGAUAAAAAUGCACUAGCUUGUUUGAAACGAGCGCGUGCUAUUGAGCCGGAUACUAUCAAAGGUCUGGAUCUGUAUGCAGCUGUUCUGUACAAAGGCCAACAUACCAAAGACUUGGAAAAAUUAAUACCCACCAUAACAGUAAACGGAGAAUGUUCAGCUGAAAUUUAUGUAGCGAUGGCUUAUACUUUAUAUGCAGCAAGGAAAUUAAACCGAGCAAAUACUUUGACUGCACAAGCGAUAAAUCUUAAUCCGAUAAAUUUAGAAGCUAUUAUUUUACGCGGGAAUAUUCUUAUCGAUCAAAAAAAAUAUCAAGAUGCUUUGCAUCAAUUUAGAGCAGCGGUUCAAAUUAAACCAUACAGAUAUGAACCACAUAAAGGUUGCGUUGAUUGUUACAUUGGUAUGCAUCGUUUACGAGAAGCGUUAAAUAUUGCGAGCAGUGCUUGCAAACAACUGGGUCAUACUCCAAGGGUUUUGUCUUUGUACGCAUCAGUUUUGAUGAAAGAUCCGGUCUCUGUAGGAAAGGCUAAGAAUCUUUUAGAUAAAGCGUUGGCUCAAGAUGAAUCAUAUUUACCGGCGGUUUAUUAUUUAGCUGAAAUAUAUGAACAGGAAAUGAAUUUGGAAUCUGCUAUUGAUUUACUCGAGAAACAAGUUGAAAUUCAGCCGAAUUGUAAAUUACAUCAAAUGUUAGGUGAUCUUUGUGCCAGGGUCCACAAUGAAGAAAAGGCACUAGAUCAUUAUGCAAUAGCUUUAAGUCUUGACCCAAGUAAUAGAAGAGCACUCGAAGGUAUGCAUCGCUUAGAUAGCACGGCUACUAAAUUUGAGACAUCAUAUUAUAUGACUGUAAGUGAAGAACAUGCUGAUACAACUUAUGAUGUCGGAGAUGGUUUACCUGACUCUGAUAAUGAUGAAGCAGUUGAAGAAAGUGAAACUGAAGCGGUCUGGUCUGAUAUGGAUUUAGAAGCAAAUAGUCAGUGAAACAUUUUCAGUCGGUUUACUUUUAAUUUAUAAGGUGUCAAAAUAAUUUAUGAACUUUUGUAAAAAGUUUUCCUACAAUCCGUUCGAUAGGAUUCGUCUGCUGAAAAAUGUGGCAAUGAUCUAGAAAUAAGACUUCACUUCUUUAAAAAAUUCUUAGAUCUUAAUCAAAAAUCUUAGUACGUUUUGAAUAUUAAACGAUUCAGUUAUCUCAUUUUAGUUAAUAAGUUAAUCAAUUUUUUUGCGUUGCUGCAGUAGCGUUAAAGUUAAUACACGUAAAAAUUAUUGUUGUUUAAAAUGAUAUUGUGUCAUGGUAAAGCCGGCAUGUUGAACACCCGCAGAAAUUGAAAAUCGUAUACUUGGUGCGAGAUACUACCGUGUUUUUGCAUGUUUUUAUCCAGAGACGUGGUAGUGUCUCGCGCCAAGUUCACGGUUUUAAAUUUCUGCAGGUGGCCAACAUGUCCGGCUUUACUAUGACACCAUAGCACUUCAAACAAGAAUAAUUUCUCCGUGUAUUGACGAACCAUCUUUUUUUACUGUGUAAAACUACAGAGCAACGUCACAUUAUUCUGAUCCAAAGUUUUGUUCAAGUAAUUAAGGAAAUCUUUCAAAAGUUAAUGUACUGUCUUUUUCCAUAAAGGUUCUAAUCAUGUGGCGACAAAAUUAAAAUUCUAAUUUAUGUAUAUACUAGACAAUUUCAUCAAUUUAUAUAUGUAUUUCAUGAAUAAUACAACAAAUACAUCGAUACGAACGGGGAGAAAAAUAAUUUACGUUACCUUUA